AUGUGUAGGACUACCAAAGUAGGACUGCCAAACCCCAGCUCCGGCAAGAAGUCGGGCAUUCCCUCCGGUGGCACCCGAAGCCGGCAGGCUAACCUUGGCAGCACCAGCAGUGGCCGUGCCAAGGCCUCGGGCAGCAGCGGCGGUCAGCCCCGGUCACCACCGCCGCAGCCCGUGCCGGGGCCCCUAUUCAAUUUGGAGGACUGGUUCGUGCAUUGCCAUGCAACAGAACCCGAUUGGAAGCUCCCGAAUGAUUUGUUGUCUCCGAAAAAGGCGGAAAAGCUGGUGAAGCGGAGCAUUAUGGUGCUGCAAACCAUGGGAAGCACAGCCGGGAGCAGCAGUCCUGGUGGCGGCGGCGGGCAAGGGAAUCAGGUGUUGCUGGGGGACUGGAUUGCGGCCUUUGCUAUGCGGUACCGGGGCAGCGCGCGAAGCAGCCUUGUUAACCAAUCCGUGCAGGUGCUGUGGUGGAAUGACCCAUGUGACCCUCGUCAGGACUCCAACCACCCGUUUCUGUAUGGCACUUGGUACGCUGGGAAGACUUUAUCCGUCAACUACAAGACGGGGCACCUAAAGGUCAGAUAUACAGAUGGAGAGGAGCACGAGGUCGCUAUGGGCGUCAACUUCGUGCACUUUGGCGAGAAACACCCUACAGGUAACGAACCGGCAAGGCUGCCACCGCUGCCGCCGGCUGUACAGCCAUCGCAGCAGGCGGUGGAGGCGGGACUUAAGGCAGGACUGGCUGCGAGCGGUGCCGACGGUAGCAGCGGUCGCCGCCGCGGGCGUUCUACUGGCAGCAGUGGAGGCGCACGGCAAGCUGGAGGACCUGGUAGCGUGUGCAGCAUUGAUCCCGGCGGCCGGCAAGGCUCUGCAGUGGCAUCGCUAUUCAUUGAGGCCACGGAGACUGGGGCGCACGGCAAAGUGCCAAAGCCUGGUGCAGUGAAGGCAGAGGCAGUGGCCGAGACAGGUGGUGGCAGUGGUGGUGACGGUGGCGUUGGCGGAAGUAAUGCGCUGCAGGCGCCGCCUCCGUCAGGCCCAUCAGCAAGGCCUAGUUUGGGAGGCGCCUGGCCACAGAAGCGUCCCAAACUGGCGACGGUAGAGACGGUGAACGGCAGCAAUGCCAGCGCUGAUGGUUCAGGGAGGGACAGUCGCUGCCCAGCCGCGCUCUUCACCCCUCAAGGGCGGACGGCUUUGGGGCCUGAGGAUCAGAAUGUAGGCUCGGGGAGGUGGUGGCGGACUCAUAGGAAACCCCGGGAGCAAGCUCAGCCGCCGCUUCCGCCACAUGCCGCAUCGAUCGCUGCAAAAGGCGAGAAUGGCGGAGUGCAGUCCUCCAGCGGACGAGAUGCCAAGCGGCGUCGCAUUGGGUCCUUAACCUGGAACCCGCGUGCUAGCAGCAAAGGCUUCAGUGGCCCCGCACAAUCCACGGCAUCUCGCUCCGGGCUUGCACCUAACGAUGGCACUGGGCUUUUUUUGCGGACAACGCCAGAGCAGAAGGUCAGCGCCCUGUCUGGUGCUGCAGACACUGCAGUACCGCUGGCGAUGGUGACAGUCGACGAGACUUCAUCGAGGACGACAGUAGCAGCAGCAGCAACAGAAGUAGUAGUUGUAGUGAGGGUUGCGCCAUCGCAGUCAGGACAGCCUUCACACCAGGAGCAACACACGUCCGAUGGGAAAGUUGACACCAGCAUGGCGGAGUCUCCAGGAGCCGAGAUGCAACCGGCGGAGGGAGUGCCUCCGGGCUCAGGUCCAGCUGGUAGGUUGCGGCUUGGUGGACAUGUUGAGCUUGAUUGUGGAGCCCACGAGGGGAGCACAGAGGCAGAGAGGCCGACGGACGGCGGGGUUGAGCCGAGCGGUCAGGCAGAGGCAGCUGGGGACGGCCAGGCAACGGAGGCGGUUAUGGGCAUCGGCGGUGGAGCCAGUAGCGCUCGAUACGCAGCCUCGGGAAGUGCUGCAGGUGAUGAGCCGGGUGCAGGCGGUGCUGAUUCGGAUGCAGGGGCUGCUCAUAACGGCGGCAUCCAUUUGGGCAUGGUAACAGAGCUGGAUGAGCCGGGCAAGCAGGGGCCAUUCGGGGGGCCUGCGGAGGGUCAGGAGGAAGGCGGCGCGGCAGGAGCGGCGGACGCAGGCCACCCUACAAGCGGCUGUGACGUCGUCGCUGGCGGGGUACAAGAUGGUUGCGUUGCUGGGGCACCCGGCGGCGGCAGCUGCAGUGCCGAUGGGACUGUCGUUGCACGGUGCAACAGUGCCCGGCGCGGCGGCAACCCCACAGUGGACAUUGAGAGCCGCGGCCGCCGACCAGAACGCUUAGCAGCAGGUGGAUCAUCUGCUGUCGCAGUGACUGAAGCAGCGCCUGCCACGGCUACAGGGAUCACGGUUCAGGCACUUACUGUCACAAUGGCUAUGGCUGAGGCAGCAGUUGCGGGCAUCAUGGAAACGGCUCAGGCCCCGGGGGGUCCUGCAGCCUCAAGGGGUAAAGAACAUGUUUACGCCGCUGCAUCUGAGGCGACAAGUGCCAUCAGUACUGGGGAGGGCGCAUGUGCUACUGCGGCCGCGGCUGGUGGUCCUGCCCUGGAAGCCAAGGCCGUCACUGCCAAUCCGGCCAUAGACGUGACUACCGCCCCUGGGGACAUGGACAUCGCUAAAGACGAUGGCCAUGGCUUGGAGCACACUGCAUGGCAACCUGACCUGGCUCCUUGCAGCGCGGCACCGGUCAGCAGCUCGGAAGCAGCUCUGGUUGCUGGCUCAGAUGGCACGAUUCCUGUGCUUGUGUCAGGUUCCCACCCCUUGCAAGUGGAUCCGUCACUGGGGCAUGAAGGCGCAGUACUCUGCAGCGCGCUGGUGGUGGGCCCUGGUGACGAUGCUACUCAGAACCAGAGCCAGAAGGUGGCGACGAAAGGCGAUGUAGGCGAUGGCAAAGGGGGCGCAGGAGCAGGAGCAGCAGGGCCGGAAUGUGAUACGGGUCGGGAUGCAUCUGCGGCAGGGGGUGCAGUUACAAAUGCAAACUUGCGAGGGGUUGAGGCACAGGCGUUGGCGUUGGCGCCGCCGGCCAGCACGGCAUCAGCAGCAGAUGCUGCUAAUGGUGCCAUGGCGGUGGCCGGGGUAGAGGCUGCGACAGCUCCAGGGAAUGAGGCCGAGGCCAUGGCUUCUGGAGUAGCUUGCGGCGCUGGAAGGGGCUCAGGAGACGCCGUUGCUGCUGUUAUCCCGCUUGACACCUCGGAUACAGCUGUCACCCUGUCCCUGGCUCUGGGUGCUGCUGCUGAUACCUCUGGCGGUGGUGGCGACGAUGUCGGCGGUCACGGCAGCGGAGCCGAUAGCAGCAACAAAAAUGCAGCGGCAGGCAUCGGUGCCGGUGGUGCUGGUGUUGGUGCUGGUAGUAGUCACGAUAGGGAUACCGGCAUCACGGCAGAGGAGGGCGUAACCGGGUAUGGAAUUGGCCCUGGCAGCAGUGGUGAUGGAAUGGCGGCACGUGUUCCCCCCCCCAGCAGUGUAGAGGAACAUGAAGCUGGCGCCGCCAGUGGCAUGGACGGACACGCUGCUGUUGCUCAUCGCGGCGACCGGCGGACAGGCGAGCACCUGGACCUCACGAGUGAAGCCGCACUACCUGUUGGGCCCAUGGGCCGUAUACCGGACGGCGCCACGAUUGACACCGGCUCCGCAAAUGCUGUUGACCGGAUCCCAUGCGCCCUGCCGCCUGAGUUGGCGCCUCCGCCGGAAUUGCCCGAUGCGGUUGUACAGGAGUGGCUGGCCUGGUGGUUUGUGGCAAGCUCUGUGGGCUACGCACGCCAGGCGGCACAGGUGCUGUCCUUGGCACGCCAGGCGGCGGCUGGAUUGCGGGUCAACUUCACAGCGAUUAUCGAGGACUCCUGCAGGCGCCUGGGCUGCUACCCCCUCCACUUGCGGGUGCUGCAGGUGCACUUCAUUCAACACGCCUAUGUCUCUUUCCACAGAGUGGCCCCAGAGCUGGGUGCCAAGUUGGCGAACCAGCUGCUAAUGCUCAUGAAGUUGUUUAUAAACGAGGCGACGCUGGAGCAACAGGAACGGGAUAUGGCGGGGGCCGCCGCACCUUCGGCCACAGCAACGCUGCCGCCGGCCCAGCCGCCGGUGCUGCUGCCAAGUGGCAGCAACACUGGCGGUGGAUGCGGCAUUGGCGGCAGGCGCGCGACUGGGAGUGUCGGCGGGGCGAGCACAGGCGGCAGCGCGGCCGGGCCAGGCAUUGCUCAGCCUGGCAUGCCGCCGGCAGCGACUUCGCCACACCAGCAGCAAGAGCGCGGCCUGACUGUUGAGGAGUUUUGGCAGGUCGUCGCCAUGUGUGGCUCCCACUGCGUGCAGCUGGUCAUCAUCGCAAUGCAGUGCGAGAGAGCUGGCAAGCCCAUUCCUAAGGAAGUUCACGACCGCCUGCCGGACUUCGCGGAGCUUCUGCGCUGGGCAGCAGCAGCCGCACCUAUCCGACCGGCACCUGCGUCCUCGCCCACCGGCCAACGGCAGUUUGACAUUCUGCGGCGAUUUAAUGUGACGGUAAUCCGGAUUGUGAGACGACUCCACGCAAGCGCAGAGGGAAACCAGCAGCGGGCGAGUAGUGCCGAUGGGGCCGUAGCUGCGCCUGCCGGCGCCUCGCCUUGGCGGAAAUGCACCGCCCUGCGUAUUGACGCUGCUGCGGCGGCUGUUGGUGCUGCGGACGCAGAAGUGGCGGGCGCGGGUGCUGGGGUGGAGGACGUUGCCGACGCUACGGUGCUACCUGACCCGGCGGCGGUGCCCUGCAUGGGUGCUGGCUGGCUGGAUACCAGCGUGCGGGCGCUCAUCACUCGCCACGUGCGAGCGCAUCGGCCAUCACCGGGAUCAGGACAGGAGGAGGGAACAAGGCAGCCCGCAUCUGCCGCUGCCGACACUGCUGCCGGCGGAUGCAUUACCCCGUGUCCCGACACUGGCAUCGCAUCGGCAACUGCGCCAUCAACGUCGGUGGCGAGGACAGCUGAGGAGGGCGAAAAGGAGGACCGCGCCACUGGCUGCGCUAAGAGGCUGGGACGGGUCAUGGCUGCCUGGGGUGCUUUGCCGCCAGCUCAACAGCGUGCUCUGUACCUUGUCUCCUGCCGAAUGGCUAGGGACCUGAACGGGGUGGGCAAUUGGUGGGCCGUGGAGAUGGCAGUGGAGACCCUGGAGACCCUGGCAGAGGCGGCGGAGAAGCGCCGGGUAAUCCCAGACGUGGAGAGUGCUGGAUGUGCAGAUGGGGCUGGUGGAGUUGAACCAACGCACUAG